GUAGUUCGAUCACAUGAACAUCAUGCGCGUUCUCGGGUUCUCCCCCAAAGCAUUUCUUGUUCAUCUUGCAUACCAUACGCAUUGCUUUGGCUCCUCCCAAGCAAGCGAACAAAACAGCAGACACAAAAGAUGUACACCCAACAACAAACUACUGCGACAAAGACGUCGAAAGUUAACGCGGGUACCGCGCUGCUGGCUGUCCGCCGCGGGAAUCAUCCUCCUCGUGGAAAAAAGUCCAACUAACCCCCAUCACGCGCAGCGACGCGUCUUUCUCCCUACAAGAACGAGCAAGUAACACGUUGUUGGCCGCUCGAUCCCCAACGUCAGGCAGCAACAACGACACGACGAGUGUCGUCCACAACCCCGGCACAAUCCGUUAAUAUACAGCAAGAACGGCCAAGCGAGAGACGCUAUUCGUUACAAAAAUGCAAAAUCCCUACACACACACUGCUGUAGUGUUCAAAGAAAGGACAAUAAUAGUAAAAAAAAGACUUUUAAUCGUGCAGCAGUCAGGCAGUGGCCUUUGGCGGGAGGCGACUCCUACAAAACCGGAAAUAUAAAUUCGGAAAGAAAGAUGGACAAUAAGAAGAAGGUCGCGUAUAGACGAGAAACAGACUCCCAGGCCAGCACUCUUUGCCUUUCCCCCCCUCGCAGAUGUGGUGACGUGGUGACAAUCGACACAUCUCGCGCCGAAACGGCACAAGUUGCGCCGCACUACGGGUUGGGUAGGUGCGGCCUUUGGGACUGAGAGUACGGUACGCUGUGACGCAC